AUAAGGAAGGAAGGAAUAGUCAAGAAAAAGGAGGAAGGAAUAGUCAGUCACUGAGCUCCACUUGAAAGCACGUUAAGACAGGAACAGCAGCAUGAACGAGAGCACUGGCGACCAAAGAGGCAGCGACAUCAGCUCGGUUCGCACAGACCUCUCCAAUCUCGUCACUUGGGCCCACACUCAUGGAACCAUAUGCAGUCAGAUCCCAGCCCUGGAAAACAGGCAGAACUUGGGCCCUCCUAGCAAGGAUAAUUCCCUUCUGUGGAUAUGUGGUGUGGGACACGCAUAUCACUGGUCUUGUGGAAAGCUCUCCUUGAGAAGCAGAGACGAGAAGGGAGCUGCAGAAGAGAGAAAGAGGUCUCUGUCCUAUGAGGUGGCAUCAGGGGAGCCCAGUUUACGAGAGAAGAGGUUCAGGGUAACCCCAUCUUUUGAGAGGGCCAAAGGAGACCACAGGACCCCAGGGUCACGUAGCAGAUCUCCAGAGGUCACUCCACACAAGGAUGAUGCUCUUUACGUGGCGGGUGAAGCACCAACACUCAGGAGGAAUGAGAGUGCGCUCGCUCAGAAAAACGGGAGAUCCACGAGGUCCCAUUCCGCAGCCGAGCAGCCUGUCCCAAUACCCAGCGGGGAAGUCAAAACCGGCCUACGUAAGGUGAAGGUAGAAAGCCAUGAAGACCUGCAAAUCAUCUCUGAUGAAGAGCAGUUUGUCUCCGAUGCAGAAAACCAAAUGGAGAGGAUCAACUGGAGCGUGCUCUCGGAGCUGCAGGUCAAAGGAGUAGCUGCCGAGGUAGAGCUGCAAAUGCAUCGCAACUGGAAGACAGCCCUGAACGUGCAGACAGGCGCCCACACGUGUGGCUGUGCCCCCACGGAGAAGCCACCCGCAGCUCCCUGCCUGCAGGAGGCUUCGGAAGACGCCAGCCAGAAGAGCCUGGAAAGCAGCUGGAAGUUGCUUCCUCUUAAUCCCACAGAGCCCAAAAAUGAGACUUCUGAAGUAAGGAAUUCCUCUGGCUCAGCAAUAUCUAAAGAGCAUUUCAAAUCCGUUCCUGUUUCCGACGCUGAAGCAAAGGCCCAACAGGAGUUGCCUUCCUCUGUGGCAUUCUUUGAGUUUGAAGCCACGGUAGAUGGCCAGCAGCAGCUCCAGCUGAGCUCUCCUGAGCGUGGCACGUCAGAAAUAAGCUUAAUGAGGAACUUUGCUGAAAUCCCUAUUCAGGAGGCUAAUCCACUAGGAUCUCAGCACGCACCUCAUGUUUCAGCCUCACUGAGUCCAGCAGACAAGAACUUGGAUCAUCCCCCAUUGUCUUCAGAGAAAAAUGUGCUGAAGAAGUGGGAGAAUAAGAGAAGCCGCAACGCUAGCGACAUAAAAAUGUUCAGGGACUGGUUGGCCUUGCAUUUCCCUUCCGAAACGCGCGAGAUCUUCGUCCUGCCGCCCGAAGACUUGGAUGGCUACCUGGCCUCCUUCUACAGCAAGGCAAAGAAGCAGAACGGCACCGAGUUUUCUGCCAACUCCCUGUACUUCUUCCAGAGCAGCAUAGACAGGUACCUCAAGGAUCACAAGUAUGAGUACAACGUGGUGAGAGGGAUGGAGUUCAGAGCAUCCCAAGAAGCCUUAAAACAAAAGUGUCAACAGCUAACACAGAAAGAGAGGGAGAGAGAUUGGCAUAUUCUGGAGAACCUGACAGAUAAAGAUGUGGAAAGCCUUCAUAAAAAGGGGAUAGUGAGUCACACACACCCUGAAGGCUUUUUGCAUCUCAUGCUUGUGAAUAUCAUUAGGGGCUUUGGGGCCACCACGCAUAACCAGAGUCAUAGCCUGUAUUGGGGGCAGCUUGUGCUGAGAAAGAACGCGGAGGGGCUGGAAUACCUGGAGUGGAGGGAGGAGCUGGAGGCAGAGGCAAGCCCAGGGGAGCCAGGCCCUUGUGUCUAUGCCAAGCCCGAUAAUCCCAAUAACUGCCCGGUCCAAGACUACAAGGAAUAUGCCAAGAGGCGGCCGCCGGACAUGCUGCACGACUACGACCCGCUCUACCUGGCUCCCAAACCCCUGUGCUCCGUCUGGGACCAGAUCUGGUACUGCAGGAAGUCGCUGACAAAAGCCAAAAUGGAAAAGAUCAUGAAAGUUAUCAUCCAGCAGGUGAAGGGAACUGAGAAGAAGCAUAAGAAACAAAAGUGUUAAUUUCUGCUUUGCCACUUUUUGUAAGUUUUAAAGUAGCUUUUGAAAGGUUCGCAUGGCAAUCAUUAGUAUAGAGGUUGAGAGACCAUCCCUGUCCUCUGUUCUCUUGUAAGAACAUGAAGUCAUCUUAUCACCCUAGUUUUCAGGUUAAGAGAAAAGCUUCUAUUAUUCUUUCUAUUCAAUUAAAUUGAUAACUCCAUAAAUGAAAUACAAACGUGAAACCUAAGAUUGUCAUAUUUAAUCCAAAUUAAUAUUAUUCCAUAUUAAUGAAAUUAUAUUAAGAGAUGGUAUGGACAGGGAAGGGGCAGCAGUUGGAUCCCUUGGCUAGGAGCCGCAUUCAUUCGUUUCCAGGGCCGGGCCCUGCCAAACUGCCUUGGUGUGGAGCAAAUGGGAACAUGUUCAACAAGGUUCAUGGCAUUUCUCUUAGUGAAAAAUGUUUAGAUUUAGGAAGUUGUGGUAGUUAAGAGUUAUUUAAAGAAAAAAAAAAAAAAAAAGAAAGGUU